AUGAUGGUGGGGCUUGCAACUUGUGCUGAAGAAGAUAAAAUCAGUAACUUGCCUGAACACUUGAUAGACUCAAUCUUAGAGCGGCUCCCUGUUCAAGAUGCUGUUAGGACAAGCAUUUUAUCAAAAAAGUGGAGGUACAGAUGGACCAAAAUGGGGGCGCUGAUUUUUGAUGAGCAUUUCUUCAAAAAAUAUGCAGAAAACGCACCUUAUAGUCGUAAAUUUGUAAGGAUCAUAAACAAAGUUUUGAUCCUUCACAAGGGUCCUAUCUCAAAAUUUCUUCUCCAUAUACCAAAGAUGGGAAUGUAUCUUUAUGGUUUUGAAGACGUUGAUCAAUGGAUGAUGCUGUUAUUGAGAAAUGGUGUCAGGGAACUCAUCCUUACUAGUUCAAGUCAAUCUUAUAAACUUCCUCGGUAUAUGUUUUCUUGUCUAGAAUUGACAAACUUGAAACUGGAAAACUGUUUGUUCAAGCCGCCACUUGGGUUUGAAGGAUUUAUCAAUCUUCAACAUCUUCAUCUGCAAACUAUUGAUUUUACUGGUAACUUUAGUGGAACUCAAAUCAACUUACCAAAGCUGAAGAGUUUGUGCCUGGAUACGUGCACAAAUGUUUACAAUUUCAACAUCAAGGCUACAAAACUACAAGUUUUGCAUGUUUUAGAUUGUCCUGACGCCAUGUUUUGUCGCUUAUUCCAUAGUCCAUGUCUUACUCACGUUGCUAUGUGUUUACCGAAACCUAUGGGAAAGUUUACGCGAGUUGAAAGAAUGACAUUGGCCAUGAUGUUAAGUAACUUGCCUGAAAUGAGAGGUUUAGUUUUCGAUGGUAUUUUCUUUACGGUUUUGAUUCCACAAAAGAUUCCAAAAUGGCUUCCACAUCCAGUCAAUAGUUUGAAGACACUAUGCUUUCUAAAUUUUAAAUUUGGUGAUUUGAAUCAACUUCAUGGUGCUCUUUGUUUGCUUCGAAACUCGCCCAAUCUAGAAAUUUUUUCUGUGAGGACUUUGGAGACGGAAUGUCGAGUCAUUCGUUAUGAUAUGGGACCAGCUUCAAAUCAUUUAGAAUCCCCACACUGCUUGGACUGUACAUUGGAUCGAUUGCAAAUUGUUGAGAUAAGACAUUUAAAAGGAUCAAAACCGGAAAUGCUUUUUAUAAAGCUUCUUCUUGCUCAUUCUCCUUCUCUCAAGAAGUUUAUCAUUAUUCGAAGUGGAACUUGUGCUGCUAAUGACAUUGCUAAGGAUGUUAUGUGGUUCCCUCGAGCGUCGCCAAAAGCAAAAAUGAUCUACUUGAAUUCUAAGACGUAA